AUGAGCGAAAAAGCCUCUGAAGAUCCUGUGGACAUUGAUCAGAAGAUCAGACAGCUUGAAGAGGAUGCCCAGAAGUUUAUUGCAAAGCAAAGCAAGCCGGUUAUUAUUCCCUCGUACGCCAAAUGGUUUGACAUGAACAAGAUUCAUGAUAUUGAGAAGCGAUCGUUACCGGAGUUCUUUGCCGUAGAGUCUCGAUUCAAGACUCCUAAGGUUUACAAGGAAAUGAGAGAUUUUAUGAUCAACACAUACCGAUUAAAUCCCCUGGAAUAUCUCUCUGUCACUGCUGCUAGGAGGAACUUGGCAGGAGACGUAGCCUCUAUUAUGAGGAUUCAUGGAUUUCUGAUGAAGUGGGGGUUGAUCAAUUAUCAGAUCGAUCCUAAAACUAAGUCAUUCCGUACAGGUCCUCAGUAUACCGGACAUUUCCAGAUCACCUUGGAUAAGCCCACCGGAUUUGAGCCGUUCAUUCCAGAAGGAGCAGACAUUAAGGUUGCAGGUGAUGUUGAUCAUACUACUGAUGUCGCUUCUACCGAUGAGCCACCUCUCAAGAAACAGAAGACAUCUCCUUCGCUUAAAGUUGAUGAAAUUCCUCUCAACUUAGAGCUAAGACAUAACAUCUACGACUCUACUCAGGAUGCGUUCACAUUGCGCAAUGAGGAAACUAGUAAGAACACCAAAUUUGCUGGAAUUAAACAGCUUUACUGUAGCAUUACUGGUAAUGAUAUUACCGAAACAAGGUAUCAUAACCUCAAGAGUAAACAAAACAUUUCAUCGCGUGCGUUUGAGGAUGGUCAGUUUCCUUCGACUUUCAAGAGCGCUGAUUUUGUCAAAUUGGACAAGAUUCAGGCUGAAUCUGAUUCACGUCCUUGGUCAGAUCAGGAGAUAUUGCUUUUAUUGGAAGCUAUAGAAAUGUAUGGAAAUAACUGGAAUUCCAUCUGUGGUCAUGUUGGUUCUAGGACCAAGGAGCAGUGUAUAGCGAAGUUUAUUCAACUUCCUAUUGAAGAUAGAUACUUGGAGAAACAGCUUAGUAAGGAAACUUAUCUGGAUUAUUUGAAGAGACUCAAACUCGGGAACGGCGAGGUUUCAGAGGACAACCAUCAGGAAGGCAUUGCCAACGGUAUUCAUAAUGCAGUGAGUCAACUUGUGUCGAGUGUUGGUGAUUCGGUGUUAACAGCAGAAGAUUUAAAGAAAGAUGGAGAAGCUAGUAAAGCAAUCAAAAAGGCUUAUGGUGCAAUAAUGGGAAACUGCGAUGCCAAGUCAGAAAUAGAACUCAGAAAGCAAGACGGGUUGAUUUCAUCAAUAUUGGAGCUUUCUUUGAAGAAGUUUGAUCAAAAAAUGGAACAAUUGAAAGCCUUAGAGAGCCAGGUGUUGGAAGAAAAGCGAAGUUUGGCUCUGGAAAAGCAUAAUUUACUUAUAGAUAGGCUUUCUCUGAGAAAACAGGCACUUGCAGUGAGGACGAAAUUGAUCGAAGCAAGCGAUCUUGGUGCCACAGAUGAGGGACUACAACUCUGUGAAGAAGCUGUUUUUGAAGCCAAUCGGGCUCCAAGAAUCGUAGUGAGUAAGAAGAAUGAGUUAAUAACAUCGAAUGAGCAAGAAGGAGAUGACGAUAACGACAGCAGUAUUCCCGAUGGGGAUAAGCAGGACGAGGGUAAAGUUCAGCCUAUCAGUGUCAUGGAACCUCAGAAGUAUUCGAUGUGGAGUGCUUAA